AAACCGAAAGCGGCCGGCGGGGGACGUUUAAAAGCGCCGUGAGCGUCCCAGGCUCCGCAGACCCUUGGAGGCGGGAAGCGGAGAAUCCGGAAAGACGUGCCCAGGCCGCCAGCGAGAAGCGCAAAGGCUGCGGGUUAGUUACACCCUUCCAGCAAGGGCCGGGCGCAGGGGGAGAGCCGCAGCCACCCGCCCCCGUCCAAGGGACUAGGACCUGAGCGCCGGAGAAGCGUAGGGCACCUCCCCCUUCCCUGGGCACUGGGGACUCUCGGAGCAGGGGGAAGCGCCGUGACCGGAAGCCCCCAGCCCUGCCACGGUGACUCCGGGCGCAGGAGAGAUGGCGGCCCUGUCGCCCGAGGAGCAGUUCCUCUAUCUGAUCUCCUGCUUCAGGCACCGGCUCACGCAGUCCAUUCGGGUGGCGCCGGUGCUGGACCGCCUGGCCACGCUGAGCCUGCAGGAGAAGGAGCGGAUCCGGGCGGUCGCUGCGCAGCAGGGCGACGCGCAGGCGGCUGGGUUGCUGCUGGACGCGGUGACGCGGGGCUGCCAGCAGCAGGGCUGGAUCCAGCAGUUUGUCACUGCGCUGCGGCAGGGGGGCAGCGACUUGGCCGCCUGCUACGUGAACCCCAGCCUGAGCGAGCUGCCCUCCCCAGCGGAGGAGACCGAGCACGACGUGUGCGUGCACCUGGUGCAGCUGCUCUAUGGCACCCUGGUGGACAAGCUGAGGAGCCGGCAGGUCACCAACAAGUGUGUGGAGAAGGGACUCCUCCAGGACGAUGACCGGGAGCGGAUCUUAGCUGCAGCUGAAAAUCAUGGGGAUAGGGAAGGUGCACGUGAGUUGUUAAGUAGAAUAAUAAAGAAGAAAGAUUGGUUCUCUCCAUUUUUGGCUGUCCUGCAUGAAACUAAGCAUGGAAACCUUGCAGAUGAACUAAGUGGAAAUGUACCAGAAACAGAAAAUAAAGAAAAUGGGAUCAAGCAACCAGCUACUAGAGAUGUGGACAUGGAAGCUGAAGAGCCAUUGGCCUCUGAAGUAGGGGAGGAGCUGAAGCAGAGAGAUGAAAUGAAUGAUAGUCUGGCCAGAGAGAGCAUUAUAUUAGGAACAUCUUUUGAAGACACUUCUGUAGUUUCAGAGUUUGAUAUCAGUUUGCCGGAUGCAAGUGUCAGUUGCUUAAAUGAAAGUAUGGGACAUAGUAGCACCACAAGUGGUGAUUCAGAUGAGGACAAUACGGACAAAAGAGCUUCCCCUGAACCAGAGCUGAUUCUCCGAGAUUACCAGAUGGAGGUUGCAAAACCAGCACUGAAUGGGGAGAAUGUUAUAAUAUGUCUCCCUACAGGCAGUGGUAAAACCAGAGUGGCUGUUUAUAUUACCAAAGAGCAUUUGGAUAAGAAGAAAAGAGCAUCAGAGCCUGGAAAAGUUAUAGUACUUGUGAAUAAGGUACCAUUAGUGGAGCAGCAUUUCAGAAAAGAGUUCAACCCAUUCCUGAAGCGCUGGUAUCGGGUUACUGGAUUAAGUGGUGAUUCUCAGUUGAAAAUCUCAUUUCCUGAAGUUGUAAGAAAGAAUGAUGUCAUUAUCAGUACUGCCCAGAUCCUUGAGAAUUCACUGCUGAAUGCAACCACAGAAGAUGAUGAAGAAGAUGUCCAGUUAUCAGACUUUUCUCUCAUUGUUAUUGAUGAAUGUCAUCACACCCAGAAGGAAGGCGUCUAUAACAAUAUAAUGCGACGUUAUUUAAAAGAAAAGAUGAAAAACAAUAAAUUCAGAAAAGAAAACAAACCCCUGAUUCCACAGCCUCAGAUCCUGGGACUAACUGCUUCACCUGGCGUGGGAGGGGCAAGAACUCCUCAGAAAGCUGAAGAACAUAUUCUGAAAAUUUGUGCUAAUCUUGAUGCAUAUAGACUCAUGACAGUUGAAGAACAUGUCCCCCAGCUGAAAGAUCAGGUGAAGGAACCACAUAAGAAGUUUGUGAUUGCAAAUGACAAAAGAAGGGAUCCCUUUAGAGAGAAAAUUACAGAAAUCAUGACAGAGAUUCAAAAUUAUUGUCACCUCAACCCAACAUCUGAAUUUGGAACUCAGCCCUAUGAACAGUGGGCAGUUAAAGAAGAGAAAAAAGCUGCAAAAGAAGAAAACCGUAAAGAACGUGCUUGUGCAGAGCAUUUAAAGAAAUAUAAUGAUGCCCUGCAAAUUAAUGACACUAUCCGAAUGAUCGAUGCAUACAACCACCUAAAUAACUUCUAUAAGGAAGAGAAAAGCAAGAAAACAACAGUAAAUGAAGACGAUGCUGAUGAACCAGUAGCAUCAAAACUAGAUGAAACAGAUAAGUUUCUGAUAAAGUUAUUUUACGCAAAAAAGAAACAGCUGAAAGAGUUGGCUGGAAAGCCGGAAUAUGAAAAUGAGAAGCUGACACAGUUGCGAAACACCUUAAUGGAGGAGUUCACAAAGACCGAUGAAGCUAGGGGAAUUAUCUUCACAAAGACUCGGCAAAGUGCAUUUGCCCUUUUUCAGUGGAUUAAGGACAACACAAAAUUUGAAGAAGCAGGAAUUAAAGCUCACUACCUUAUUGGAGCUGGUCAUAACAGUGAAUUUAAACCCAUGACUCAGAAUGAACAAAGGGAAAUCAUCAGUAAAUUUCGUGCUGGGAAAGUCAACCUACUUAUUGCUACUACUGUGGCUGAAGAAGGCCUGGAUAUCAAAGAGUGUAACAUAGUUAUCCGCUAUGGUCUUGUCACCAAUGAAAUAGCUAUGGUGCAGGCCCGGGGCCGAGCUCGAGCUGAUGAAAGCACCUAUGUACUGGUGGCAUCAGGUGGAUCGGGAGCUGUUGAACGUGAAAAUGUUAAUAUAUUUCGUGAGCAAAUGAUGUAUAAAGCUAUUCAACGUGUCCAAAGGAUGAGGCAGGAGGAAUAUUUAAAUAAGAUUCAGGGUUUUCAGAUGCAAAGUAUAAUGGAAAAAAAAAUGAAGGCAAAGAGAGAUCAGCUUAAGACUUACAAGGCAAAUCCAUCACUAAUAACUUUCCUUUGCAAAAAUUGCCACAAACUGAAAUGUUCUGGGGAAGAUAUACAAGUUAUAGAAAACAUGCAUCAUGUCAAUGUGAAAAAGGAGUUCCAGGACCUUUACAGCAUAAGAGAAAAUAAAACACUGCAAGAAAAACAUGCCGAUUACCAAACAAAUGGUGAAAUUACAUGCAAAGACUGUGGGCAAGCUUGGGGAAAUAUGAUGGUGCACCGAGGUAUAGACCUGCCUUGCUUAAAGAUCAGAAAUUUUGUAGUUGUAUUCAAGGAUAAGAAAACCUCAAACAAAAUUUUCAAAAAAUGGGGAGAGCUGCCAAUCAAGUUCCCUGUCUUUGACUAUGCAGAGCAUUAUGUUUCCAGUGACGAAGAUUAAGAAUUUGUUCAAGAAUGUAAAGAAAUGCAAAUAUUCAGCAUUAUUUUGACUGCUAUGAUCAGACUCCACUGCUAGGAGCCUUCUGUAUGCAAAAGAGGUCUAAGCUGGUCAUUUUCCACACAUCCUUCCCCGUGCUCACAUUGCUACUACUCAGAAGCACAGAUGACCUUGCUGUCUCCACUUCUGCACUAUGUCCUGAAAGAGGAGGCCAGUGAGGGGAGUAGAUUUACCUAGUGUUGUCUCCCAGAAUACUCUGCUUCUCUUCUUUUAUGCCAUCAGCUGGUGACUUCCAAAUGUGUUACGUAGUCAGACUAAAACUAAACUACUAUUAAAAUAUGGUUUGAAAAAUCACUGUAUUUAAACCCAUUUAAAUAUACAGCCUCUCAAAUUCGAGAACUUCAGUGACAAAUACAAACUUUACCUGUGCAGUAACAUGAGAAGACUGUGUAAAAUGUUGGAGAUAAAAUAAUGUAGCCUGUUAAUAAAUAAUCUCUGUAAGCUGUGAUAGAGCUUAUUUCCUGUCACCAUUAGUGCAUAGACAUUCAUAUGCAGUAAUUGUUGAAGCUUCUCUUCAUGACAUAUUUUUUAAACAUUUGGUGUGAAAUCGUGAUCCUAUUUGAAGUUGAUGGCAAAACUCCUAUUGACGUCAGUAGGGCCAGGAUUUCCAUUCUUGCAAUUUAAAGUGCAGCUCUGCUCUAAAAAGUGACUUCAAAAAUGGCAUCAUGUGGUUCCAUAUUUGUCUCAUUGACCAAUUACAUAUUUUUUCACCUUACAAGUAAAAUAAGUGUGGGUUUUGUCUUGUCUUCCUAAAUGUCAGCCUUUUAAACUCAAGCUGGGAUCUCUGAAAGUAAACCUGUGUUCUUUCUGGCUUGAGCAUCAUUGCUGGUAACCCGGACCCGAAUGAGAUCUGCAAAAGUGCAGUUGAGGUGCAACUGCAUUGUUCUGCAACUCCUGGUGAAGAUCCUGCAGUUGAAACAUAGCUAAAAAUUCUUUUUGAUUAUGCAGAAGAUGGAAAGUAAUCCAGCUCACUCUCUCAUAUGUAUACCAGCUUUAUGUUGCUAACAGGAGUAAAAAGUAGUAUGAACUUGUUUUUAUUAAAGAAUCAGUGUCCACAAGGAGCAAAUCUGUUGAGUUAGGACUUCUGACCACACUUUAGGCAUAUUAAAUUAAAUUGUUACAUUUAAAAAAAACAGUAACAUAAAUUAUGACUGGCAGAAAACAGUAGCUUAACACAGAUAUCAACAAACUGUGGUAUGGAACAAUGUUAAAUUUUAAUUUACAUAUGUCAAUGUCUAUUCUGAUAGGCUCAUCUGAGGUCUAUAUUUUAUUUAAAUUCUUGCCUUAGUCAUUCAGAUAACUCAUGGGAAUCUCUGACUCAGGAGUCAAUUUUAGUAUUUGCUCCUUUAAUUUCAUUGUGCAUUAAAAUGUUUAAUAUUUAAAAAUACUACUAAACUAAAUUUCAUGGUAGAUAUGAAGAAAUAGCCUGGUAUUUCUUAUGAAAACAUUUAGAUAGCAUGUAAAAAUACCUGCCGACAGCGGUGCUGUGUUUCACUGAGCAUCAAGUUUUUUAUUCAAGAUAAAUGCUGAAUUUGACUUCACCUCAAUCAGUCUCGCCCAUAUUUCAAUUAAACUGGAUGUUCUGCUCAUCUGAAGUGAUAGCAGAACAUUUUUUAAUGAAUAAUAGGGUUAUAAAAAUAAAUGUGUAUUCUGAUUAUAAGUUUUCCACUACAGGAAGACUGUAGAUUACAAUGUGCAUAAACUGUAUAAAUUGUGGCAUGGAUAACUGAAUAAUUUAGACCUAUAAAUAACCCAAUAAACUACUACUUCAUGGAUGGAAAUUACUUUCUGACGUCAGAAGUGUGAAGGCCAACAGAUUUAUAUCCAUUCAAAUGUUCUGAGACAGUACUUUACAGGUCCUUUAUUGAUACUCUUAACAACAAAGGUAGUUGGAUACUGGAGGAUAAAUAGAACAUGGCACAUGGGGGUUGAAUUUUACAUGGUAUAUAUCUAAUCUAUAAUGAUAUUCCUCCUCAUAUAUUGUGUAAAGUAUGAUACAGUUUAUAAACAAAAGCUUUAUUAAUUUCAGUA